AUGUUGAAGACUGUGCUUGGCCUCUAUGGCCUGCUCAGCUGUGCAGCGGCACAAACCGACUCUGUUAAAGUCAAGUGGCUCGAAGGAACCCCAGACUACCUUGGUGGUGUCACCUUUGGUCUUCCAUGGCCUCGUGGCCAGCACCUAGCCAACGCAACUACAUUCACGGCUUCAGGUGAUGCCGAGCUCCAAUCCUGGGUCACCGCCUACUGGCCUGAUGGCUCACUCAAGUGGACCGGACACGCGCUUGGUGCUACAGAUUCCCCCGCUGACGAAUACACCAUCACCGCCUCUGGUCCAGGCAACGCUACUUUCUCCCGUCUAAGACGUCAGAGUAGCAACAGCACCAGCAGUGUGCAAGUCAGCGAUUCAGCAGACGAGAUUGUCGUCAACACUGGCAAGGUUACGGCUACGUUCCCCAAGUCUGGCAAUGUCUUGGUAUCUUCCAUCGAGUCCGGUGGCAAGGUUGUAGGAAACAAUGGUCGAUUGGUCCUGAGAUCACAAAACGGCACCCCUGAUGACGAUGAGAACGGAAAACCUACUGGUAUCGACUACUUCAGCUUUGCUAGCAAGAUCCAUAACACCACUGUCUCGGAGGACAAUACUGCGCGCGCGUUGGUCACUGUUCAGGGCAUUCAUUCAGUCGAAGGUGACGCAUCGCACGCAGAUUGGUUGCCGUUCACUGUGCGCUUCUACCUCUACGCAAACUCGGAAGCUAUUCGCAUCAUCCACACCAUCAUCUACGAUGGUGAGGAUAAGAGCGAUUUCAUCUCCGCCCUUGGUGUCCGUUUUGACGUCCCACUUGCUGGGGAGGAGCAGUACAACCGCCAUGUUCGCAUUGCUGGUGUUGACGGAGGUCUGCUACAUGAAGCGGUCCAGGGUAUUACCGGUCUUCGCCGCGACCCCGGUGCAGCUGUAAAGAAGGCUCAAUUUGACGGUGACGAGACGCCCGAUAAGACAACCUGGGAUCAAAGGGUAACGACCCGUUUGCAAUGGAUUCCCACCUGGAGUGACUACCGGUUGACUCAGCUUUCUCCUGACGGGUUUAAUCUCAAGAAGCGCACCAAGGCUGGACAGAGCUGGGUCAAGAUCCCAGGAGGUACUCGCUCGGGUGGGCUUGCUUAUUUGGGUGGGUCUUCGAAUGGCGGUAUCGCGCUGGGGCUCCGUGAUUUUUGGAAGAAGUACCCCACCAGUCUGGACAUCUCCAACGCUGCCACUGACACUGGCUCUGUAACUUUGUGGCUCUACAGCCCACAGGCUGAGCCUCUCGAUGUCAGACCAUAUCACGAUGGUCUCGGCCAGGAUACAUACGCUAAGCAGCUGGACGCUCUCGAGAUCACCUACGAGGACUACGAAGGUGGUUACAACACUCCUUACGGAGUCGGACGCACGAAUGAGCUAUUCCUCUAUGCAUUCGCCACUACUCCGACAGCUGACCAUCUUUCUACGCUGACAAACAACACCAACGAUCCCCCAGUCCUGAUACCCGAGCCAAAGUAUAUCCGCGAUACCAAGGCAAUUGGUAGCUAUUGGGACAUUCCAGGCUCUCCGAAGGACUCCGCGCAAGCUCAAACGAUCGAAAAUAACAUGAAGUUUCUGAUUGAAUUCUACGAAAACCAGGUUGAGCAGCGCCGGUGGUACGGAUUUUGGGACCACGGCGACAUCAUCCACACCUACGACGACGACCGCCACCAAUGGCGAUUCGAUAUCGGAGGGUAUGCGUGGGAUAAUUCUGAAUUAUCGCCUGAUUUAUUCUUCUGGGGACACUUCCUGCGCACUGGUGAUGCUGGCGCGUAUCGUCUUGCCCAUGACCAAGCGCGCCAUGGCGGUGAAGUUGACUCGUACCACCUCGGCAACUUCACUGGCCUAGGUACAAGGCACGGUGUUCAGCAUUGGGCCGACAGUGCUAAGCAAGCUCGUAUCUCCACGCCCGUUUACAGAAAAACCUUCUUCUACAUCUCCGGAGGAGACGAGCGCACCGGCGAUCUCAUUCGCGAGACACAACAGGCUGCUAACGCCUUCGUUACUGUCGACGCUCGCCGCAAGGUCCGUGCCGCCAGCGUGGUAUACAAUCCCGAUCCGAAGGCACUUUACUUGAACUUCGGCACAGAUUGGGCUGGUCUUGCCCAGGCCUAUCUCGUCGAGUGGGAGCGCCGUGGUCCAAACUGGGAGCAAGCCCGUGACAAGCUCAUCGAGGCUAUUAAGACAUACCCCAAGCUCAAGAAUGGCUUCGUAACGGGCGAAGCACUGUACAAUAUUUAUACCGGAGCCUGGUCGCCGCCACCAACAGACCCUGACAACAACGGCAACAUCACCGUGUCUCAUUUGUCGGGUGUCUUCGGUGUCCUUGAGACCAUCGACCAGCUGAUAGACCACUUCGGCGCCGAAGCUCGUAACACUACUCAGCCUUUCCUCGAUGCCUUCCUCGACUAUGCUUACUACUACGGCGCCCCCAAGGCUGAGCAGGCAGCUAGGUACGGCAAGGACUUUGGCAACCUCAACCUGAAGCAGGGUCACUCUCGCUUCACUGCUUAUGUAGCCAACAAGCGUAACAACGCUACUCUGGUGCCCCGUGUCUGGUCCGAGUACCUUGGUGACGGUAGCAAGGACGGUCUUGCACCCAACGCACCCUGGAAGACAGAGCGUAUUCUGCCGCCCCUUGUGCUCAUCCCCGUUGACGAGGCGAAGUGGGUCAGCACCAACGCUGCCGCCUUGUACGGUGUUGCUGGUAUUGAGAACUUGGCGCUGGUAGGUGCCCCUGAUGCUUCUUCUAUUGGUGGCAAUUCGACUGCUAGGUAAAGAUUGAAGCCUUUCUUCGUUGUACAUAUGAUUAUCGGAGAUGACUAGCGUACUUCUUGUAUAUAAAAUUGGUAAUUCAGUUCGUG